AUGGCAAGGUUUGUGUUUGUCGUGCUAGCGCUCCUGGCAGCGCAAGCGCUGUCAGAUGUCGUGGAUUUCAAUACCACCCCGCCAAAAGUCGCCGACAAGACUUUAUUGAAAAAGCAGAUGGACCUGUCCACUCUGUUUUACCACGUCAAAGAGCCAAUCUACGACCAAGAAUUAAAAGCUAUCGUUCAAAGUUAUAGCUUAGAGAGGAACGUAGAGCAGUUCAAAAAUGUAACUGCUUUGAAAACAUUUUUGAAAUUACAAGAAUACAACAUGCUUGUGCCUAAAGGCGUGCCUUUCAACGUUUUGGAAUCAACACAUAAGUUCGAGGCUGUAACGUUGUUCAACUUAUUGUAUUCAGCUAAGGAGUACUCUGAUUUCUAUAAACUUGCUGUCUAUUUAAGACAUCACAUUAAUGAAGGACUCUAUGUUUAUGUACUGUCAGUAGCAAUCAUACACUAUCCUGAAACCAAGGGAGUACUUAUUCCACCAAUCUAUGAAGUUUUCCCUUCAUACUUCCACAAUGGAAAUAUAAUAAAUAUCGCCCAGAAAAUAAAUGUACAAGGCAGGAACUAUGUCAGCUACUACCCACAGACUUACCUUUGGGACGACAAUGUUGUAAUUAAAUGGAACACUACUGUUUGGCCAUACGUUGAUGGUGACUACGUUCCCAUGUCCUAUUACCUUAACGAUUAUUUCUUGAAUGCACUCUACUACAAUAAUCACCUGGCAUUCCCAUACUGGCUUAGUGGUAAAUCUAAGCCUAUUUACAAAUACAAGCGUGGUCAACAUUUCUGGUAUGUUACCAAAGAAUAUGUUACACGCUAUUACCUUGAAUUGCUAUCCAACGGUUUGGGAGAAAUACCAGAAUUGAGCUACGAUGUAGUUUACGAUGGAUAUUCUAGUGGCUUAGUGUACGAAGGAGUGUCGCUCCCAGUUAGACCACACUACUUUAAAUUAGAUCAACCUAAAUUUGCGGAACAUUUACAGAAGAUUGUAGAAUUUGAACAGCGUAUUCAUGAUGGUAUCGCAAUUGGUUACUUUAUUGGUGCUAACGGCGAAAAGAUCAAUUUGCGAACGCCAGAAGCUAUUGACGUACUUGGAAAUGUUAUAGAAGGCAACGUUGACUCUCCUAACCUUAACUACUAUGGUAGUAUUUUGACCCUCUGGAAACAAUUACUUGGUAACUCAAUUGUUGAACACAAGAAUUACUGGAAUAGACAAAUACCUCUCACAGUACCGUCUGCCUUGGAAUUCUUCCAAUCGAGUGUUCGUGAUCCAGCCUUCUAUAUGAUUAUGAAGCGCGUCCUCAAAAUAUUCUCAUUAUGGCAGUCGUACCUUCCUCCAUACAAACACGAAGAACUAGCUUUCCCAGAGGUCACUAUAGAAAGUGUCGAAGUAGACAAACUUGUUACCUAUUUCGAGUACAACUAUGUUAAUGUGACAAAUGUUCUGCCUAUGAACGAGCAUGAGGUGAAGAGCGGUUACGAUCACCUUAGUGUUUUGGUUCAGCACCCUCAGCUUAAUCACAAAGUGUUUAAGGUUAAGGUUAAUGUAAAGAGCGAUGUCGCCAAGACUGUUCUCGUGAAGUUCUUUAUUGCGCCUAAGUAUGACAGCAAUGGUUUCGAAAUCCCUCUCCACAAAAACGUCGAGAACUUCUUCCAGUUCGAUGUAUUUACAUAUGAAUUAAAACAAGGAGAAAACGUCAUAAAACGUGAAUCCACCGAAUGUAAAUACAUGAUCGAUGAAUGGAUGUCCGGUCAUGAGGUUUACCAAAAGGCUUUUAAGGCAUACAGUGGAGAUGGAGAGUUCUACAUUGACAACAACCACCUAUUCUCAGGAUUCCCACGUCGUCUUAUGAUUCCUAAGGGUCAUAUUGGUGGUAUGCCAUUCAAGUUAUUAGUACACAUCAGUGAGUAUCAUACACCAAAAUCACCGGUCGGCGCGGCGGCCUACUCAGAAGACUUACACGGCCUUGGCACAGGCGACCGUUACAUUACUGAUGUCUAUUCCCUUGGCUAUCCUCUCGAUAGGAAGCUGUACGAAUGGCAAGUGAAAUCACUUACCAAUUUUUACAUCGAGGACAUCCAGAUCUUCCACAAACCGGUACCAGAAAUAUACGUACCAAACGCCAUUUACGUUUGAAGCCGUCCAGUUACAUAAGAUAGGAGUUUGAAGUGAAAUACCAAAGUGCAAUUUAUUUUUAUAGUUUAUGCAUUGAAUGUCAUUGUAUAUUUAUUGUCGUAUUUAUUUAUGAUUUAUGUAUGUUACGUAAUAUUUAUUCAUGAUGUAUGAUAAAUGUAUCUAUUGUAUUCGAUACCAAAGACUACACAGAAUGUCGUUUUUAUGUAGUAGACUGUUAUGUUCCUAUUUUUGUUCAAUAGUUUAUUAGUACACAAAUUUCCCUGACAACUACAAUCAGCUCCAUAGAUCUCACACUUUACAAAGGUCUUUAGUAUGUAUGUACUAUAGGUAUAUAAUCAUAUGUAUAUAUGUAUGUAUAUAUAGUUAUAAAAUUUAUGUAAUAGUUUGUGUAUUUAAGCGAUUGAGAAUAAAACGCUUAAUUCUA